CCGAUGUGGGACUAAAUGAACGAUCGUUUUGCUCCUGGGCAGUGCUCCUCGACGCCACCGUCGGGGCGGGGACGGGGUACUCGCAGGCGCGCUACUACACCUCGCUGGGGUUCUUCGUGCUGUCCGUGCCGGGGCUCUGGUUGCUCAUCAAGCGCUCCGUCAAGUCCAAGGAUGUAUGCCCUGGCGUAGUGGUAAAGCUGCACGAGGUCACGGGUUCAAGUCCUGGAAACAGCCUCUUACAGAAAUGUAGGGAAAGACUCACUUCGCAAGGGCUCUGCGAUGAGGCUUAACGGUUUGGAGCGAAACCUGAUGCCAGGAAUAGAAGACGCCUUGAUGAAGGAUUCGCCCAAGGCUUCCUCCUUGGAGGUGGAAAAACCUUCCCUUGGUGACAGCGAGGGGCCCACGCUUGCAGGGAAGAAAAGGAAGGAUGUUCCUGGGCGCGAGAAUGGCGGCGUGGCGAAGAGGGUGCUCAGGUCGGAGAGAUGCUGAGCCUGAGGGUGAAGCCGCCGCCGUGGAUGUUAGCGAGGGUGACAGUUUGGAGAAGGCUGACUGUGAGGCUACUGUGGGUGACAGUUUGGAGAAGACUGACUGUGAGGCAACUGCGGGUGACAGUCAGGAGAAGACCAACUGUGAGGCUGUUGCAGAGGAAGGCAGAAGCGGGGUGCAGGCAGUUGAUGCUUGUAAAGAUGAUGAGCAAAUGGAUGAUGCUCCAGUGAAAGUCAAUAAUGCUAUAGAAGUGCCAGCUAAGUGUUCUGAAAAUAAUGUGGAAAGUGCCGGCAUUGCUGAAGAGAACGGCUCGGAUAACCAAAAAAGCAAUUUUGAAUCUGAUGAUAAGAAAGAGAAGGCAUACGAGAAGAUUUACUCUGCAACUCAGGAGGAGGAGAAUGUGUCCUUCUACUUCAGCUCAGUCUUCCCAGCAAGUUAGUUUUUUCUCCAAACGAUAGACUCAGCUGGUUUCACUUGUGCAGAACCAUUCAUUAAGAAUCCCCUGGAAAGCAACAGGAGUAAAUUAAAGGUGCAGAGCUACCAAAUUAAUCUGACAAUGCUGCAUCUUUCUUACCAUCUUAUUAUUUACAGUCUGUGUACUCUUAAGAUCCAAAGUAAUCAACCAAAGUAUCUCAC